AUGGACGACCCGGCCGUCCUCCAGUCGGCGGUACGAGUGCCCACUCCUCCUCCGGGCGCGUUGUCGCCCACCGCAGCUUCGCGAAAGCGCUCGCCUCCUUCGCGAUCACCCUCUCCGAAUCGUCGUCGCUCCCCACCAGGAGAUUCAUCCAGAGAUGAUGCAGAUGCCUCUGGAAUUGACUCGGCCCGUGCGAUCGAGCGAGAGCGCCAGCUCGCUGAUCGAGUCCGCGAACAUGAACGGCAGGAAACCCGCAAGCCGCUGACCGAGGAAGAGAAACAAGCCUCUGCAAAGGCCGAGUACGAAAAACUUCUCAACAUGCGAUCAGGUGGUACCUACAUCCCUCCGGCACGCCUCCGUGCACUGCAGGCUCAGAUCACGGACAAGACCAGCAAGGAGUACCAGCGCAUGGCAUGGGAGGCAUUGAAGAAAUCGAUCAAUGGUUUGAUCAACAAAAUCAAUGUGUCUAAUAUCAAGUAUAUUGUUCCAGAGCUAUUUGGUGAGAAUUUGGUCCGAGGUCGAGGCCUAUUUUGCCGUUCCAUCAUGAAGGCGCAGGCGGCUAGUUUGCCUUUCACUCCCAUCUACGCUGCGAUGACCGCCAUCGUCAACACAAAGCUGCCCCAAGUGGGGGAAUUACUGCUCUCCCGGUUGAUCAUUCAAUUCCGAAAAGCGUUUAAGAGAAAUGACAAAGCGGUUUGUAUUUCAUCGACGACUUUUAUCGCGCACCUGUGCAACACCCAGGUCGCGCAUGAGAUGCUUGCAGCUCAGAUUCUGCUGCUUCUGCUCCACAAGCCCACUGACGAUAGUGUGGAAAUCGCAGUGGGGUUGACUCGAGAAGUUGGUCAGCACUUGGAGGAGAUGAACCCCCCGAUUGCGCUGGCUGUCUUCGACCAGUUCCGCAACAUCCUCCAUGAAGCUGAUAUCGACAAGCGAGUGCAGUACAUGAUUGAGGUGCUGUUUCAAGUCCGCAAAGACCGCUACAAGGACAAUCCCGCGGUCAAGGAGGAGCUUGAUCUGGUGGAAGAAGAAGAUCAAAUCACACAUCGUCUUGGCUUGGACGACGAAAUCGAAACACAAGACACGCUUAACAUCUUCAAGUUUGACUCGGAGUGGGAGCAGCAUGAGGAAGCUUACAAGAAGCUAAAGGCCGAGAUCCUUGGCGAGGACAGCGAUGAGGAUGAGGAUGACGAGAAUGAAGACGAGAGCUCGGAAGAAGAAUCGGAUGCGGAGGAAGAGAAGAUGGACAUCAAGGAUCAGAGCAAUACGGAUCUGGUCAAUUUACGUCGAACGAUCUAUUUGACGAUCAUGUCUAGUAUCGACUUCGAAGAAUGUUGUCAUAAGCUAAUGAAAAUCAACCUCCCCGCUGGGUUGGAACCGGAACUGCCCUCAAUGAUCAUUGAGUGUUGCUCCCAAGAGCGCACAUUCUCCAAAUUCUAUGGCCUGAUCGGCGAAAGAUUUGCCAAGAUCAACCGACUGUGGUCAGAUUUGUUCGAGGCGGCAUUUGCCAAAUACUACGACACCAUUCAUCGCUAUGAGACGAACCGACUACGCAACAUCGCACGCUUCUUUGGACAUAUGAUCAGCAACGACGCUAUUGGGUGGCAUGUCCUCUCCGUUGUCCAUAUGAAUGAGGAGGAGACCACCUCAAGCAGUCGAAUCUUCAUCAAGAUCUUGUUCCAAGAUCUGGCCGAGCACAUGGGCUUACCGACUCUGCAGUCUCGUUUCCGCGAUGAAAUUCUUCGCCUAAGUUUCGAGGGCCUGUUCCCGACGGACAACCCUCGACACACUCGCUUCUCUAUCAACUACUUCACCAGUAUCGGUAUGGGUGCUUUGACAGAGGACAUGCGGGAGCAUCUCAAGAACGCCCCGAAGCCCGCAUUACCCGCAUUACCGGCUGCGAGAUCCCCAUCCCGCUCGCCAUCUAUUCGCUCUCACCCAGCAUCAUGCUCGACAUGCACCCCUCGCUCAUCCCGAUCUCCCUCUCGUUCCCGUUCCCGCACCCGCUCCCGCACCCGCUCCCGCUCACUUUCAUACUCUCGAUCUCGUUCAAGGGACCGGGGCCGCUCCUACUCUCGUUCCAUCACGCCGUCUUCCCGAGGUCGGAGCUACACACCCUCUCGAUCCCGGUCUCCACUUCGUCAAGGGCGUCGCGAUGGGUCUCACAGUCGAUCCAGGACGCCAUCUGAUCGUGCACGGUCUGUCUCACGUACACGUCCUCGGCACACUCGAGCUCGCUCUAGCUCUCGUACUCCCAGUCGUAGCCCGUACCGACCUCGGCGCUCCGUGACACGAUCGGUUACACCGCCACGACGUGGACGCAGCUACUCGCGAUCAAUCUCCCGCUCAGUCACUCCUCCUCGGGGCCCAGCAUCUAAGAGUGUUAGACGAUCCUCUGUAUCCGUAUCCCCUCGCCGAGAACGCGAUCGGUCUCCUGGCCUUGCACCGCACACACACCCAACACGAAGGGAUGGUUCGCGCCGGCGCUAUUCCCAGACCCCCCCUCGCCGACGUUGA